AUGGCUUUAGUGAGGAGUUCUAUAGUAGCUACUUUAGUUGGGUUAUGGAUGAUCAGUUGUUUGGCUGCAGCUGAAAAAGGUGGUAAUGUGCCAGCCAUGUUUGUAUUUGGAGAUUCGUUAGCAGAUGCUAGCCAUGUUUCUAUCUACUUGGCCCUUCCUUUUAGUCCUCCACAUUUGGAGCCAAAGGCAAAUUCUAGCGCAGGGAUAAAUUUUGCAUCAGCAGGCAGUGGAUUGCUCGACUCAACAGGAGCUAAAGAGAGGCUUUAUCGGGCUGGGGCAAGGAAACUAGUUGUAGUAGAUCUUCCGGCUUUAGGAUGUGAUCCUUUUUGUAGAGUUAUAAAUGAUGGUGACUGUAUGGGGACAAUAAACCUGCUAUUUGUGGCAUAUAAUACUGGUUUGAAGUCACAUGUGGCUCACCUAAGCCAAAAGCUGCCUGGAUUAACUAUCAUACAAUUUAAAGCUUAUGAUUAUCUCAUGAACAUAAUUCAAAACGGUGAAGCCUAUGGAUUCAAAGAUACAAAGUCAGCAUGCUGUGGAUUAGGAUUGUUGUAUGCACAAGUACCUCGUGGAAUGACGACUACAAAGGAUUUGUUCUGCAAUGAUACAAAUGCAUGUGUUCUGGGAUGA